AGAGCAUUCUUGAGAAAAGUCGAAGAGAUUGAAAUCAGCUCCAAGAAGUGACAGCACAUCGAGUGCUGAAUGUCCUUUAAUUGCUGGAAACUCAGUCCCGGCAAAAAUGUUGUGUUCAAGGCUAAUCAAGAGAUCCCAUGUCUCGCUGUAUCUUAAGAAUUUGCAGCAAUUGUCCCCUGAAUCCAGGUGCCUUUUUAAUGUUACAGAAGGGUCAAGCAAGACGUUCACUAAUUCUAUUAAUGGAUUCCCGCGAAAUUUAUCUUGCAAUAUAUGGCCCUCAAAUUUUCUGAGGCAAUUUAGUACGAAGUCUCUAUAUCAGAUUCACCGUUCUUCAGCUUUGGUUGCAAAGAAUGGGAGUAGGUCAUGUGCUCUGCCUGGUUUUCGACAGUUCUCAUCCUUUCAUGUGUCCAGAGAACAGAAAUCACGAAAGAUGCUCUUAUAUUUAAGUGCUUUGGUUGUUGCAAUGGUUGGAAGUAGUUAUGCUGCAGUUCCCUUAUACAGGAGAUUUUGUCAAGCAACUGGCUACGGAGGCACUGUUCAGCGGCGUGAGACUGUUGAAGAGAAAAUUGCUCGACAUGAUAGAGACAAUACAGUCACUACAAGGGAAAUUGCGGUGCAGUUCAAUGCUGAUGUUGCUGAUGGUAUGCCAUGGAAGUUUACUCCUACUCAGAGAGAGGUUAGGGUCAAGCCCGGAGAAAGUGCCCUUGCAUUUUAUACAGCCGAAAACAAAAGCUCGACUCCAAUUGUUGGCGUUUCUACAUAUAAUGUUACUCCUAUGAAGGCUGGAGUUUACUUCAAUAAAAUACAAUGUUUUUGCUUUGAGGAGCAGCGACUCCUUCCUGGCGAGCAGAUUGACAUGCCUGUAUUCUUUUAUAUCGACCCGGAGUUUGAGUCAGAUCCUAGAAUGGAUGGUAUCAACAACAUCAUAUUAUCCUAUACCUUCUUCAAGGUCUCAGAAGAAUAAGAGCAACUCAAAGAAUUGUUGCAUGAAGUUAUAAUAGCAGCUCAAAGUCAAAGAUCAAACGAUGAUUAGCACAUUCAUAACGAUUAAAUUAUGGAAGCCUUUCUUGUCUUGUCUUGUCUCAUACCAAUUUUUUUAAACUUCGGUUUCAAUAACAACAAAGCAUGCUUACAUGUUAGAGCUUAUCUACAGUAUUUGUAUGCCACGAAAGAAAAGAAAAGUGGAAGUUUUUUAGCACAUAAAGUUAUUCACCCAUGGAGCUGGAUAUUAUUUCUACUUAACUCAUUUAUGCUUUCAAUCAGGCUA